ACUUCCACAAUAUGACGCCGCAGCUUGGAACAACCGCAACGAUUGAAUCUGCAGGCAGCAAUGCAGCUACACUCGCCCCAUAUACAUGAAAGCUUCGUAUACGGCAUGAUCAGCGGUCAAAAAGAGGAGAGAAACGUGGACUCUGCAUAUGGGAGAGCUGUAUGCUGCUCAGGGUUAUAUGUUCAUUCGCAAUUGGUCUGAUGUUUACGGCACCCCGGACUCCCGUCAUCUUCACCGCCAUUUUCGAGCCGAAUGUGUACACGACGAUCCGAAAUGGAUACACAUCACAGGAAAUAAUCUAUGCACCGGGUGCUGACGUUGUCUCAGUGAGCGCAUCCGGCUAUUGGCCGACUGUCAGGGCGGGGAACGUGGCCAGACAGACAACAAUACUAAGGCAGCCGAACAAUACCAAUUCUGGCACAAUACCAACUCGAGGUCCCACCUCGGGCAGCCCACUAGCGGCCACAUGGCAUUCUUAAUAUUAGCGAGUUUAAUUUUCUCUUUAUCUACGCUCUCGGAUUACAUCUGUAUCUGUCGUUUGUGGCUGCAUUACGCACCAUCGCUUUUACUACGCCUUCUGU